UUGGUCUAAUUAAAUACUCAUUUCUUUUCCCUUCGUAGGUUUUUGAAACAUGAAUCCUUCACUCUUCCUGGCUGCCCUUUGCUUGGGAAUAGCCUCAGCUGCUCCAAAACAUGAUCACAGUUUAGAUGCACAAUGGAGCCAGUGGAAGGCAACGCACAGAAGACUAUAUGGCGUGAAUGAAGAAGGGUGGAGGAGAGCAGUGUGGGAGAAGAAUAUGAAAAUGAUUGAACUGCACAAUUGGGAAUACAGCCAAGGGAAACAUGGCUUCACGAUGGCAGUGAAGGCCUUUGGUGACAUGACCAAUGAAGAAUUCAGGCAGGUGAUGAAUGGCCUUAAAAACCAGACGCACAAGAAGGGGAAAGUGUUUCAAAAACCGCUCUCUGCCAAGAACCCCGAAUCUGUGGAUUGGAGAGAGAAAGGCUGAACUCCUGUGAAGGAUCAGGGUCUUUGUGGUUCUUGUUGGGCUUUUAGUGCAACUGGUGCCCUUGAAGGACAUACAUUCUGGAAAACUGGCAGACUUGUUGCACUGAGUGAGCAGAACCUAAUGGACUGCUCUUGGGCUCAAGGCAAUGACGGCUCUUUUGGUGGCCUCAUGGAUAAUGCCUUCUAGUACGUCAAAGACAAUGGGGGCCUGGACUCGGAGGAAUCCUAUCCAUAUCUUGCGAGGGUAAGCGGAAAUCCUGCAAAUAACAAGCCUGACUAUUCUGCUGCCAAUGACACUGGCUUCCUGGACAUCCAGAAGGAGAAGUUCCUUAUGGAGGCAGUGGCAACUGUGGGGCCCGUCUCUGCUGGGAUAGAUGCCAGCCGGGAUACCUUCCACUGCUAUAAAGAUGGCAUUUAUUAUGAUCCAGCCUGCAGCAGGGAAUAUGUGAAUCAUGCCAUUCUGGUGGUUGGCUAUGGCUCUGAAGGAAAAGAUUCAAAUAAUAAAUAUUGGCUUGUCAAGAACAGCUGGGGUAUAGGUUGGGGCAUGAAUGGCUACAUAGAGAUGGCCAAAGGCUGGAACAACCACUGUGGAAUUGCCAACCUGGCCAGCUAUCCUGUCACCUAGAGGACUUGACUGAGAACAGAAUAUCCAGAGGAGGAAUUUUAUGUUAAACUGACCAGACCUUAUUGUGUGGAAUAAUACACUUGAAUCAAUGAAGAUCCAAAUUGUGAUUUGAAUGUUGUGACUUUUUU